AUGGAAGUGCUCAGAGAUUUUGCGCACAGUGAGCCUCUCCAUCCUCCCACAAGGCCUUCAACCCUCGCGCCGGCCACUUCUCUGCCGGCCGCCGCCGCCGCGUCAACCCACCGAGCCCUCCUCCGCGGCCUCAGCCCCAGCAAGCCCCUCCCGCCCCUCGCCGUCAAACUGCUCCACGGCCGCCUCCUCCGGCUCGACCUCCUCGCCGACCUCUCCCAUCUCCUCCUCCGCGCGCUCUCCUCCUCCGGCCUCCACCUCCACGCCCUCUCCCUGCACUCCCUCUUCCCCGACCCCUCCCACCUAACCUUGCCCUUCGCCCUCAACUCCGCCUCCCGCCUCCCCAACCCUCUCCCCGUCGGCCAGCAGCUCCACGCCCGCUCCCUCAAGCUCCCCUCCCACUCCAACCCCCACGUCCUCACUUCCCUCCUCAACCUCUACGCCAAAUGCGGCUACUUGGACCGCGCGCGGGAGGUGUUCGACGAAAUGCGCUGCCCCAGCACAGUCUCUUGGACCGCGCUCAUCGCCGCGUACAUGAACGCCGGACGCGACAAGGAAGCCGUCGCCGCUGCCCGGGAAGCGCUCGCGACUGGAAUGCGUCCGGACAGCAUCACAGCCGUGCGGGUCCUGACGGCGUGCGCCCGGGCUGCAGACCUGGACGCCGGGGAGGUAGCGUGGAGGGCGGCCGUGCGGGAGGGGAUCGCCACCCGUUUGUUCGUGGCUACUGCGGCGGUGAAUCUGUACGUCAAGUGUGGUCAGAUAGCCAGGGCAAGGGAGGUGUUCGAUAAGAUGCCGGAGAAGGACGCGGUGGCUUGGGGUGCAAUGGUCGGGGGAUACGCUUCCAGCGGGCAUCCCCGAGAGGCUCUGGACCUCUUCUUCAUGAUGCAGACUCAGGGAGUGAGGCCAGAUCGCUACACUGUAGCUGAUGCGCUCUCGGCAUGCACGCGGCUGGGUAAACUCGAUCUGGGACGGCGAGCUGCCGGGGCCGUGGACUGGGAUGAGUUCCUUGAGGACGACCCAGUUCUGGGGGCUGCUCUGCUCGAUCUGUACGUCAAGUGUGGGAGCACAGCUGAUGCGUGGUCCGUAUUCCAGCAGAUGAGGAAGAGGGACAUUGCUGUUUGGAACAAAAUGAUUUUGGAGCUCGGCACGACCGGGCAUGGCAAGACUGCGUUUGCCCUUGUCGGCCAGAUGGAGAAGUCAGGCAUGAAACUGAAUGACACUACUUUCAUCGGCAUUCUCUGCAGCUGCGCUCAUACUGGCCUUGUCAAAGAUGGAUGGCGCUACUUCCAUUACAUGGUUGAGUUAUACCACAUCACCCCUCGGAUUGGCCACUACGGCUGCAUGGUUGACCUGCUCAGCUGUGUUGGGUUGCUCCAGGAAGCUCAUCGGCUUAUCAAUGACAUGCCAAUGAAGGCAAAUGCUGCCGUGUGGGGUGCGCUUCUUGGUGGCUGCAAGAUCCACCGAGACCCGGACCUUGCAGAGCAUGUAUUGAAGCAGCUCAUCCUUCUAGAGCCCCGGAAUUAUGGAAAUUACCUCGUGCUCUCAAACUUCUACUCUAACAUCGACAGAUGGAAGGAUGCUAAGAAGGUCAGAUUGGACGUGAAGGACAAAGGGGUCAAGAAGGUCUGUGCAUAUAGCUGGGUUGUGUUUAGUGGUAAGGUGCACGAGUUCCGUGUUGGAGACAAAUCACAUCACCUCACGGGUCAAAUUUACAAAAAGCUGGAUGAAUUAGGCAUGGAACUGAAGAACAUGGGUUACAGCCCAACAACUGAUGUGGUGCUGUUCGAUCUUGAAGACCAGGAGAAGGAGCACACUCUAGUUCCUUACAGCGAGAAACUUGCCAUUGCAUUUGGCCUUCUCAGUACCCGGCCAGGGGAGCCCAUUAGGAUCACUAAUAACCUCAGGGUUUGCACUGACUCUCACACUGCUAUUAAACUUAUAUCCAGGAUAGCUCAUCGGGAGAUACUUGUUCAGGAUAACAGCCGACUUCAUUGUUUCAGAGAUGGCUGUUGCUCUUGCAACGACUGGUAG